AUGAAGAGCAUAGUGUACGUUCUGGCUGUGGUGGCGCUAGUGAGCGCGGCGCCUGCGCCCGAGCCGCUCCCGGCUGCAAACCCUCAACCUGCCGCGAGCCCUGACCCAGCGCUGGACUCGCAACCUGAGAUCAUCGAGAUAAUCGCGCCCGCCGCAAGCGCACAAGAGACACUGACGACGCUGAACCUUGGCGCGCCUGGCUCCGAGCUCAGUGAGCGCAACAAGCGAACUAUUGGCAUCCUGCGACAGCUGUUCCCACAACUGACACAGGUAGUGGAACAGACGGUGCAACAGAUCACGAGUGCCGUUCUGAAGACGUUCGGCCCUAUCUUCCUGCGCGCCUUCCUAGGCAACCGCAACGACGGGAAGAUGAACGGCGGCGGAGGGACCGUCGAGAUCGAUGACAGCGACGAGGACGAAGACGAGGACGAGCAGACCACCCCGCGACCCGCGUCCUCCCGCCGCCGUCGCGCGCUGUUCUUUGGGACUCCGCCGGCGCCGAACUCGAUCGCUGAGGACAACCAGCUGCUGUCAGGUGCUGAGUCGCAGCAAGCAGAGGUCCGCGUUGCAUUCGGUGAAAACGCCGCUCCGUCCUCCGACGACCAACAGGCCGCUGCGCAGACCAACUCGGCCUCCAUCGACGAAAUCACUCUAGAUGACGCCGACGACACCGAGGAAAACAGGAAUAAGAGGUUCUUGAGUUUCGGUGCUGGCUCUUCAUCUGGAGGUGGUUCCGGCAACUUCUUGUUUGACGUCGUACGAUUGGUGGCUGGAUCGUCAUCCGGCGCAUCCAGUGGGGGGGCCGAAGCGGGUGAGGGCGAAGAGGGUUCCAAAGGCGACAACCUGACGGAAGGCGUGCCCGGCCCCAUCACGAGGCUGUUCAUCAUCGCCAACAGGGGUAUUGCGAACCUCAUCCAGGACUUGAUCCUCCGCAUCGCGCAGACUUCUGAGAGGAUAGUCAACUUCAAGGCGCGACUGAUCACUUCCAUCAUCUAA